UUAAAUUAGGGUUCCUCUUUCCUGCAAGGUGCAAACACAGUCGGAUUAGAGAUUUACCCUUCUCCGCCGCCGUCGACGGUCGAAUCUCAAUCCUCGCAGCAGCCAUGAUCAUUCCUGAGAAGAAUCGCAGAGAAAUCUCCAAGUACCUCUUCCAAGAGGGUGUUUGUUUUGCUAAGAAAGACUUCAAUUUGGCGAAGCAUCCCGAUAUUGAUGUCCCUAAUCUUCAGGUUAUUAAGCUGAUGCAGAGUUUCAAGUCGAAGGAAUACGUUCGUGAGACUUUCGCUUGGAUGCAUUACUACUGGUUCCUCACCAAUGAUGGCAUUGAGUUUCUUCGUACUUAUCUUAACUUGCCUUCUGAAAUUGUCCCUGCUACUUUGAAGAAGUCUGCAAGGCCACAAGGACGCCCAAUGGGUGGUCCUCCUGGUGAUCGUCCCCGUGGCCCUCCUAGAUUUGAGGGAGAGAGGCCUAGGUUUGGUGAUAGGGAAGGGUAUAGAGGAGCUCCCCGUGGAGGUCCUUCUGGUGAGUUUGGUGGUGAGAAAGGUGGAGCUCCGGCUGACUAUCAGCCAUUUUUCAGGGGUCCUGGUGGAAGAGGUGGUGGGUUUGGCCGUGGAUCAGGUGGCUUUGGUGGUGCACCAGCUGGUGGGUCUGAUCUUCCUUGAAGAACUUUUUUUGAAAUCUGAUAUGAUCAUCAUUUGGAAUAUUGCUGAUACAAUUUUUAGUUAUUUCCAUUGGAUUUUUGGUGAUAGAUUAUUGUGAUCAAUUGCUAAGUUAUGUUUUAUUUUCUUAUUAAUGAGAGUAGCAUUUGUAUGCUAA